AUUUUCUGCAACUCGACUGUCGCUCGAAGUGGUUCGUUGUCUGCGAAGAAAAAAAAAAAAAAUAACAAACAAAGAAACCAUAAAUUUUGUACCAAAAAUUAUCAAAAAAUAAAUCUAUCAAAAAUUAACUUAUGAAAUUCUUUAAUAAAGAGACAAAAUUUAAUAAUCAUUUACCUUCCUGUAAAAGAAAUUUUUUUUUAAAUAUCAAUCCCAUUAUACUUUAUACAUACCUAUAAAAAUAUGCCGUGGUUUCAAUAAAGAUGGCGAUUUACUGUAAUUUUACACCGAAAUAAAAAAAAAAACAUCCAUAUGCCUUUUUGCUUUUUACUAUCAAAUUGAAACAAUUCUAUAAAAUAAUGUUACGACCAACAAUUUUUUCUUAUCUGCAACAUUAACAGUAAUUAAUAUAAUAAUUGCCUUUAUUAUCAUCAACUUGAAAACAAAAAAACUUUCAAUAUUGAAUUGGUAAAUAAAAUAGAAUACGCAAUUAUAUUCCGCACUCCGCAGCAGUGUGACGAGUGACGACCUCCAAGAAAAAAGAUUAAUACAAAUAUAUUCCGUUCCGUAGGGUUUCAGUUCAGUAUGAGUAUUGUAUUGUGUAUUGAGUAAUUUUACAGCCUCGGUGAUCGAUGCACGUCGUUGUCGUCGUCGUUUACACCAAAACCAAACAGAAAUCAGAAACAAAAUCUAUUUUUAUAACAACAACUUGGUGCAUGUUGUAAAGAGUUGUUGAGUACAAGUAGAUUGUUCAAGUUAAUUGUACACCGAAUGAUUACGAGUAAGAAGAUACUGAUAGCAAGUCGUCGUCGUUAUUCUGGGUACAGAAGAGACGUUAUGAGUUCGACCUCUUCCUAAGCAUAUCAAAAAAACAGCUGCCGAUUAUCUGGCAUUCGAUUAGUAUUAGCUAAAGCAGUAAAAAGCUAAACCUUCAGUAAGAUGGAUGAACUGUCAGUCGAUCAGGAAUUGCUCAAAGAACUCCAAACCUUGUGGACAAACUAUGAGGAGGAGGAAAAAGAUUCAUUGCAAAAGGAACAAGCACUUAAACUAUUUCUUUAUAAAUUUCAAUUUGUUAACUUGGAGGCAUCACUUGAAGAACCAACACCGAUUUCAUGUUUUGUUCAAUGUGUUCUGGAAGAGAUUUGUUCGUUUUUAUUAGAGAGAGUAUAUGACAUCAUAAGUAAAUCUCAUCUUACAACAUCGAAUUCAUCGUCAAAAGAUGAUAUCGGGGGUGAUGAUGAUAAUGAUGGUGUUGGCAGUGAACUCACAUCGGAGUCCAUAAAAACUGCUAGUUCAGUUAAAUGGCCAAAAGACAAAAAACACAAUUUUGCACAACUAAUAUUACGUGCUCCUAGUGAUUACAGCAAAAUUGUUGCCUUACGUACUUUCCUUACCCAUGAGAUAGGACACCAUAUCCUGUAUUUUUUACGACGUGUUGAUAUUAAGUUACUUGCAUCACAGCUCAGUCUGUGUAAUAUAUGCAUCAACCUCUUUCCCAACUGCCAAUGGAACAGCGAAAGUCAAGUUCAAUUGAAUCCAUCGAAUUCGAUAAGGGAAUUUCUAGACAAUCUUCUUUUACAUCAACGUUUAAAAGCACUUCGUUCACGUGACUUUAGUCAAUCCUCAGAAUUAAAAUCAACCCUAAAUGACAGUACCAAGCUCUUCUAUAUUGAGCAUCAACCAAAUGAUUUUGAUAGUUAUGCCAAUCAAAUCAGAACAAGUGACGAAAUUGCUGUUGUCUUAAUUGAUUUGUUAGAAAAAUUAGUCGAUAUUGAAACCGAUAUGAUCCUCAAUGACCAGUCAAUUAGUGUUAUUUGUUGGAAAUUUGGUGUAGAAAAACUAUCUAUCAACGAAGAAGUAUUUUGCUCGGCCAAAAAUUGCGAAAUUAUCAAAUGCAAAUUAUUAAAUCUCGUUGGUAAAAGUUUCAACAACAUCUGCUGGCAAAGAGAUAAUUUAGCUUCCAUAAAUUUACACGAAACGAUUAAUAAAUUAAUGAAGGCUCUGGAAAUUACAACGCACCCUGAGAUUAUAUUUGGAAUUAUUUAUCUUAUUUUUGGACUUAUGAACAACAUAAUUGCACUGUCCUAUGGAAAAUUUCAUAACGCGUUAAAAUUCAUCGAUGAAGACUCAUUGGAUAUGUGCGUUUUCAAACUUUCCGAUUUAUUGGCAAAGAAUUCAAAAGAACUUACACCAUUUUUUCCGAAAAUUGUUAAAGUACUCCAGAAAAUUAUUGAAAAUCUAAACAAAAACUCACCCAGUAAAUCUAAAAAGCAUCGCAAAAAAUUCAAAGGCAUCUUACAACAGCAUUGCCUGCGCAAUAACUUUCCCUGUUUCUUUCAAAAGAUCCUCAUUAACAUAGUACAACAUCUUCCAAGUGACCUGCAAAACUAUGUCCUACGUUGUCUUCAACGGCAAGGAGUCUGUUGUUGCCUAUGCAACACAGAUACCAUGAAAAUAUUUCUCAGUCAAUCUAUCGAAGCAGAAAAUCAAAAGUAUGCCUACAGUUUCGUUCACCAAAAACUAUUGACUACUGUUUUUCUGCGUAAUAAUUGUACCUGUUGUGAAUUCAAACUAAAAUCGAAUGAAUUUCAUAAAGAAGUUUUCCAACUAUAUCGCAACAAAUACGAUGAGAUAAGCAAUUUCGAUGAAUACAAAAGAUUUCUUAAGCAUCUCAAGCACAUAUCACAUUUAAUCAGCUUCGACAUAUCAACAGGUUUAUUAGCAAACAUAGUUUUGCCAAUAUUUAGAACUUAUAAAGAGCAAUCAUUGACAUGUGAAAAUAACAAUCGAAUACUCAUUGAGUGUCUAAACAUUUUCAUAACAUAUCUAAGUGACGUUAGACUGAUUAAAGCCUUCUACAAUGGUGAGAACAUAUCACAUCUAGAGGAUCUUUUGCAUCGACCCGAACUAAUUCGACCCAUUUGUGAUUUGAUAAAGAUUGGCAUUGAAAAUGCGGCCUUUUUAGGCGAUAACAGUCAGGAACAAGUGAUAUUGAGUAAGCGUCUAAUAGCAUUGCAAUUAGAUGGAAGCGUUACAUCAACAAAAUCAAUCAAUGGAAUGCUUAGACACUUGAUUAGCGAUAGGAUGAUAUGGCUGGAUAAGGAAGAUGAAUGCAUUGAAAUUGCGGAAAUAAAUGCCUUGCAUACAUUACAUGUUGCUUCAAGGCAUUGGUAUUUAAAUUAUCAGCUAUUGAAAAUUAAUCAACAAUUUCAGAUUGAAUUUGCUGAGCGAUUUGAACAGAUAGAUCUUAUUAAAUUAGCAUGUAACACUUUGAGUUGUUUUUUGUUGUUUUCUAAAGAAAUCAAUCAGGAGGUUUCAUCUCCCCAACUAGAGGAAUGCCCAACAACUCCUAUGUUGGAUUCUUUGCCUUUGGAUAGUCUUCUAUCAGCAUCUUCGGUACAAACUUCCAUGACUGCUUCAGAACCAUCAAAUUUUGAUGAUGUUAUUAAGUUUUAUAAUGAUUAUGAAGUGAAAGGAUUUUUAAACAAACUUCAGAGUAACAGCAAUACAAUGGACGAAAGUAUAGUUCUUUUUGAUAUUAGGAAUCAAUUAAUGGCAUUGCCACGUGAUCAAUUGAUUACGGAAGGAAAGCAACUCUUGGCCAUGGAUGACUCUUCUGUGACUGAAGAUCAAAAAAGUCUACUGGGACGAAUAUUUGGUUAUAUCUUUGGUUCACAAUCAACGAGUUCUACGGAUAACCUUAAGGAAUCUGAAACUACUGAUGACAAUGAUGUAAAAUCAGAACUACAAUGUCUUUGCAAACCAGGUGACUGCAAAAAUCUGCUGCUAAAAUUGUUUGAGUCGGCUAUGGCUGUGUAUGUUCGAGAAAAUAAAGAAGAUUCCACCGACACCAUGCAGAAUAAUCUACAAAGACUCAAGUUGAUAAUACUUUCUCGUGCUCUUCAAGAUUGGAAUCAAACUGAUCCCAGUAUAACUGCUGUUACAUUAGCUCUGCAAUCUUUGCUGAAAAUUGCCGAAUUAACUGGAACAUUUUCAAAUGAAGAAUCACAUCCGAUCAAUCAAAGAGAUGAAGUUACCGCUCAUAGAACUCACGAUAAUGUCGAUGAACCAACCUUGGCCUCAACGGAAAGUGAUGCAGACUUCUAUUCGACCAGAGCCAGCUUGAUAUGUGCUGACAGCGAAAUAGAUUUAAGUGAGAACGAUACAGAAGAGUUUUAUUUAACAGCAGAUGAGGGUUACGAAGCCGAUGGCGAAAUACCCGGAAUGUCGGAGAGUGAAGAAGAAAUCGAUGAUUUGUGGGUUCCUUUUACACCAUCCUCACGAUAUCGUACACAUGUUGUGCAUAGUGGAAUUUGUAAAAUUGUCACUGAGAUUUUAAUAGAAUUGUCGUUGAAGUGCUCGCAAAAUCCAAGUGCUGCAUGGGCCAAUAGCUUGAGUCAACUUGCAGCUAGGAUGUUUGUUAUUCGUGAGUUUCUUGGUGGGCCUUUGUUUAUUUUACAAGGAUUUCUUCCACUUCUUCAGAGCAAUGAUGCAAAACUUAGAGAACUGCAGCAAACGAUACUGGAUCUUGUGGUUGAUCUCAAUUCCCCUGAUGUGCUGUCAACAUAUUUUAAUAUAUUGGCAUCGAAAAACCCUCCCGUUGAUAUUUUGAUUAAGUACAUGUCAUAUAUUUGUUCGAACUCGUUAAAGAAACAGCCCACUGUUGAAAUUGAAUUCCCAAUGUUGAAUGAUGGAAAAUGUGUAUCAUCAACUGAUCCACUGAUAGCUGAACAAAUCGAGAGAGUGCGCAACUAUCAUCUUUUCAAUCAUGCCAAUACUGCCUUUCUACGGUCAGCAUGUGUUCUCCCAAUAACUCAUGCUAAAGUAUGGGGCAGUGAUGGUUUGACUGUAUCGUUGUGGAUGCAAAUGAAAAGCAGUAUGCCACACAGAAGUGCCAGUCAGAUAAUUGAUGAUGAUAUAAAAAUCUCGUGCGAUGAGAGUAUGCGAACUCAUAUCCUUUCGAUUGGAAGUAAUCAAGCAAUAAUAAGUGUCUACGUCAAUAGCAACAUGAAUCUGGUAUUCGAAAGCAGUAAACCAAAUGCAGAACUCUCGCCAAAGAGUCCAAACCACGAAGAUAAUGCUUUCAUGAAUAAAGAGAAUGUUUCUACAAAUACAUCGCCCCAGUCAAUUAGUCCAUCGCCUUUUCGAAAUGCUCUGAAACAUACAAAGCUUGUCAUUUUAAACAGCUUCAAUCAAAUGCAUUUCUUUCAUGGACACGGUGUUACUGAUGGGUAUUUUGAGGGUUCCAGUGUUGAGUUGAAAUAUUUCCGCCUAUGUCGAUCAAAAUGGACUCAUUUAUCUUUCUCCGUUGAUUUGGCAUCGGAUCGAUUCAAUUUAACAGUUACUUUGGAUGGUUUGGAACAGCAUGCUAUAAGUUUACCUUUCCGAAAUGUCCGUAAUCUUACAAGAACAUCAACUUUUCAAUUGCUUUCGCUUGGGGAUAGUAUACCAAAAGCAAAUUGUAAUGAUUCUCUAGAAUGUGUUAGUGGUAUUCCAUUAAAGUUUUCAAUUUCGAAUGUGAUUUUGUUUAAUCGAAAAAUACCCGAAAAGGAGAUUAUUCAAUAUUUGACUGCAAUGGGACCUGAUUUCGUUGAUAUAACACAGUGUCAGGUUGGUGCAUGGAAACCGAAUUUUGGUUUUUUGAAUCUCAAUAAAUCAUUUAAUGUUAAAGUUGGAAGUUUUCAAGAUGCAAUGAAAGUUCUUCGAGAAUCUCGAUUUUGUGCAUAUUCAGCAAGUGAUCCAAACGCAAUAAUGGCUUAUGAUCAAAUGUCGGAUUAUGACAACAGUUGUGGCAAACGUUGUGGAAUUAUGCUCUACGGUAAAUUGUGUCGAAAUGAACUUCAAUCAGUACAAACAUCAACCAUACUCUGUGGAGGACUAUCAACAUUGCUCUAUCUAUUUGCGAGAGUUGUCGAACUUACAUCUGACUCUGCCACGCAAUCUAUGUCCUUGGAUCUUUUACUCACAGUUGCUCUUUCCGACUCGCAGCUUUAUACUGAAUUUAUGCGAAAUGAUUAUUUCAGUCUAAUUGGUUAUGUCAUUAAAACAGACAGAUGUACAAAAGAUGUUUUCCUACUUGCAAGUAUAAUAAACAACUCGUGCACCCAACCAGUUAUCAUUAAAAAAGGAAGCACAAUUCACGUCAAUGAAAAUACAAUUGCUUGCCUAUCACAUCCAAUGUUGAUAGCAAAUAUACUACAUCGCUUUUCUGAUUGGCAUCGAUCAGGAUCUGAUAGUUCAGAAGGCUUGGAGCUUCUUUUCAAAACUAUUAUCGCAUUAGUUAGAGACAAACAUCCAUGCAAAGAAUUCAAUAUGAAACAGCUCAAUCGAGUAGGUCUGAUGAAGGAACUUCUGAAUCUUUGCAAAGUCUAUGUCGUUGAAUCUCCAAAUCCAAUACACAUAUCAAUAGAAGCGGCAAACUCUUUUGUUAAUAUUCUAAGUAUAUUUGCUGGUUCACCGCCAUCAGCUUCACUUAUGGAUGAAAUUAUGAAACUGUUACUACUCCUCCAUAAACCCAGUGAAUGUUUUAUAACACACGAUCGCUCAAACUUAUAUUUCCUUCUAAGCACCGAAGGCCCAGUCAAAGAAAAAGGCUUGGGACUACAAAUUCCACGGAGGCAGCUAAAGCAAAUUUUCCGUGAACGCAAACGCUCAUCAAGUGCAAGUCUCUUUCGAUCAGCUAAACCAUCGAAAAUAUUAGAAAAGAAAUCAGUCAACGGAGAUAGUAUGAAAUUCAACGGUGGUCUUAGGAGCAAAUCAAAUAUGAAUCUCGAAACCAUUGCAAAUUGUUCAAGAUUAAAUCAGAAUGAAAUGCGAAUGCUUUCACCACUAGAACCAGCUAAAUGGAGACUGAAACCAAAAAGACACUCAUUACAUAAUAUACCGCACAGUAGCCCGAAAAAUUCUCCCCUGAAAAUAAUUCGUAAGAGAGUUCGACUCAUGUCGAAACCAUCGAAUCAAAAUGAGAAAAAAAGUCGCAUGGAGAAUUCUAUGUUUGAUUCAAGUCCGCCUUCUUCACAUGAUGAACAACAAGGAGGUGUUAUGCAAAGCAAAGAUGGCUUCAAAUGGCCACUAGAAAAUUCUUUUUUCAGCAAAAAGAAAUCAAAGACAAUGUUCAAGACUGAUUUUUAUAGCUCGCCAGGCAUUAUGAAGCUGCAAGAGCGCCUUUUUAUAUUGCUCAAAGAUUUUUUGUUCCUUUUGCCCGAUAAUGUUGUCGAGGAGGUCUUGACGCAUUAUGUUAAAAUGGAAAUCCUUUUGGUUCUUGCAAAUCACACCAGCCCAACUGUUCGAACAGCAAUUUUGAAAUUGCUUACUGCACUCACCAAAAGAAUUCCUCCAAGUGAACUUGGAGUGUUUACUAAAAAGUUCUUUCCUCAACAUUUGGCCAAUCAGCUGGCUAUAUAUUCCACUGACGUGAAUAUGUUCGAGACAUGUCUAGAAUGGGUAACGGGGCUUUAUGGAAGUUUGGAAGCAUUUGCCGAAUACGAGUACAUAUCUAUAAAUAAUCGUUUUGGUUUGCAUUCAUUGCUAUCGAUAUUAACCAAGACUGAUGGACAGGCGAACUUCUCAGCUAAGGCUUUUAAAGUCUUGAAAACUAUAUAUCUGACGGAUCCAGAAGAUAAUCACAGCCUCAUCGAAACAGGACUAUUGCAGUGCUGUAUGAAAGCAUUGCAUAAUAUGUACGUUAAACCUAAAGUAUCGAACACUCUUACCGAAGAAUCAAUUAUUGAACUGCUUACUUGUGUUGGAGAAAAAGCUAUGAAGUCUUCAGGACAAAUGAAUAUUAUUUGGGAUAUUUUAAAUAUGUUGUCCUUUUAUCAACUCAACAAUCCAACAAAUGUUGUGAAAGGCUUCCGUUCCGUUCAGGGUAAACUUCAACUUAAUUGGUUAGAUCUGUUCUUCAAAAACCGCAGUCCAAGUUCAAAUUUCAAAGUCACUGUAUUACCCAACUCUUCUAUCAAUCUAUCGGAAACAAAAACAAGACUUGAUCUUCUCAUUGAUCGCUGUUCACAGUUUUUCACAAAUUACGGUCCUACGUACAUGCCUAAUGAAAACGAGUUAAAACUUUUUGAACAACUUGUAUUAUUUGGCAUCUCAACCAACACACGAUGCAAUAAUUUUAUAGCUUGGGGAUUGUUAUCCUCACGCCCAUUAGAUCUUCGACAAUUUAUAAUAGACACUUUGUGGAUGGCAUGUCAAAAUGAAACUUUGCCAACAAUCAUUUGUGAUGGAAAAAUGAUCAAAUCACUUUUAUGGUUGUGUCUUCUUGAACAGAAAUCGAACAAUGAAAAACCAAUAGAAAAUCUUGAUCAGUUGUGCUUGCGCCUAGGCAUUAAAGACACAGACACAACAUGGAAUCUGGAACAAGAACUUGAACGUUUCGAACAGAAUCGAAAUAACACAUCAGCAAAACAUAAGCUAAUGUUGGAGAAAACAAUUCACAAGUUUGAAUCGUUAGCUAAUAGUUGUAUUGAAACUUCGAUGGUUAUAACAAGAGUUGUUGCUGAGUUACAGAACUCGGAACGAAAAAUUCUAAUGAAUCAUAUGAAGGAAUACGAUGAGAAUUACACUUUCCAUAAAUGGUUGGAGAUUAUUCGUCGUAUGACGCAUGAGGGUGCACCAUGGUUUUCAAUUGAUCGAAGUGAAAUGUCGUUUGAGUUAGACGAUACAGAGGGACCUUCUCGAGUUCACACACGCUUGAGACGUUGUCAUUUGGACAUUGAUAAACGAUUUAUAAUGGAAGAUUAUCGACAGAAUUCGGAACAGCAACGUGUUGAGUAUAUCCGUCCAUUAGACUAUCUCAUCUCGAGCUAUGAUCAGCAGCUAAAUAUCUCGUUAAACUCUCAAAUUCUUUACAACUUCCCUGCCAAAUAUCUGCCAGUAGAUGCAGAAAUAGAUGGAGAAAUUAUCGUGACCGAUCAUAAAUUGUACUUCAUUGCAACCUAUCGGUGUAAAUAUUUUUAUGUCAGCUGUGAUGUAGAUAAUAUUACAGAAAUUUGGCUCAAACGCUAUCAACAUCAAGAGAAGGCUUUCGAAAUAUUCCUUGAAACUAAUAAAUCGUUAUUGUUUUCCCUGCAAAAUCAAGAUGAUUGGAAGAUUAUGAAAGAAGUGUUUCUUGAUAAGAUUGUUGUGUGUCCAGAUCAGAAUAAAAUUCUGCUCAUCACACAACAAUGGCGUGAGGGUCUGCUAACUAAUUGGGAAUAUAUAAUGACAUUGAAUCAAAUCGCUGGUAGAACGUACAAUGAUCUCAUGCAAUAUCCAGUGUUUCCAUGGAUUUUGGCCAACUAUACAACCGAUGUAUUGGAUUUGACUGAAAAGAAGAAUUUUAGAAAGCUAGAAAAACCAAUAGCGGUUCAGCAUGAGGAGAAUGAACAGCAUUAUGUGAAUAACUAUACGUAUAUUAACAACACAAUGACUAGUAUGGGUACACUUCAAAUAAAACCGUAUCACUAUAGCUCGCACUAUUCGAAUUCUGGGACUGUGUUGCAUUUUCUUGUUCGAGUGCCACCAUUCACAAGUUAUUUCCUGCGAUACCAAGAUAACAAUUUCGACCUGCCUGAUCGUACCUUUCAUUCAUUGGCCACAACAUGGAGUCUUGCAAGCAAGGAUAGUCCAACAGAUGUCAAAGAGCUAAUUCCCGAAUUCUUUUGCCUACCAGAAAUGUUUGAGAAUUUUGAGCGUUUUGACUUUGGUUGUCGACAGUCAGGCGAAAGAGUCGAAGAUGUUCUUUUACCACCUUGGUGCUUACGUGAUCCUCGUUUAUUUGUACUCAUACACCGGCAAGCUCUUGAAUCGGAAAUAGUUCGACAAAAUAUACAUAAUUGGAUCGAUUUGAUAUUUGGACAUAACCAAACGGGUCAGAAUGCAGUUGAUACCAUAAAUGUUUUUCAUCCAGCUACGUAUGCUGUGUUCCUGGAAUCUGAGAUUACAGACCCUAUAGAACGAAAAGCUGUCGAGACAAUGGUCAAAACCUACGGCCAAAUGCCAAAGCAACUUUUCAAAACUGCACAUCCCUCUUCGAAACCUUUGAAUUAUUGUUUGGGAGGAAGAGAAGUGAUACCCACAGCGAAGGGACUCCGUUGGGGUGUUUUCUUAGGAUCACCUCAACUUCCAACGCCAACCCUAGGCAAUAUUAAUAAAUUGCCUGGAUCUGACUUUUUGGUUUCCUUCAAUAAUACAAAUGUAGUUUAUGGUCUUCCAGCAAAAUCCUGUGUUAUGCGAGGUCCUGAAUCGGAUACUUUUAAUGUGAUAUCUUGGGGCUAUGACGAUCGAAUCGUUCGCAUCCAACCACUCAGUGAUACUCAAACCAAGUCAAAAGCUUUACUAUUCAAUAGUUCUUUUGACGAUAUAACUUGUUGCGGCUCUGAUGCCAAUUCAAAUCUACUCUGGUGUGGACACAAGUCGGGACGAAUAAGUGUGUAUAAAUGUUCAAGUGUUGAUCCAACACGUAUUGCCAAAAGUCGCCAAAGUUAUGUCAAAGGUAUUAAAUUAUCGUACAAUUCUGCCUUCCGUAAGAUCAGUCCAAAGAGUAGUUUGAAAGUAGAUGACUUGGAGCAAACGUCAGAAGUUCAAAGAAAUAAUGUUGGUGUUGAGUUGAAGUGGUCCGGACCGACCAUACUCAUUCGACACACUGACGAAAUAACAACAAUUUGUCUAUCUGUUGAAUUCAAAAUUGCUGUAUCUGCGGGUAAAGAUGGCAUUGCUGUGAUAUGGGAUCUAAAUGAUUUAAGCUACGUUCGGACGAUAGAACGUCCUGCAGAAAUCCAUCACUCUCCAAUUAAUUUAACCGCAAUUAGUCCGACACUGGGCGAUAUCGUGACGGUUCACUCCAUUCCAAGAAAUGACAGUGAAUUAUCUACCACCCCAGUUCAAGCAGACGAAUGCUUUGAAGUUACAGAAGAGAGCCUCGAUGACUUUGUGAAUGUGUCAAUAAAUCCAAGUGGAAAGUCAAUUCUAAGACUGCAUUCAGUGAAUGCUCGAUACGUAAACCAUAUAGUGCAUGAGGAUAGUAUUUUGGCAGUUUGUUAUUCUUAUAUCAAAGAAGGAGUAGGUGUGAAUGUGAUUGCAACUGCAGUAGAAGGUGGAAUAGUUCGAUUAUGGUCUAGUUGGAAUUUAAGUUUUGUUGCUGAAAUUCCAACUGGUAUAACAAAUAUUAAAAGCAUAACAUAUUCAACUCAUCAGCAUUUGGUAGUGCUAACUAAAGAUUCAUAUAUUCAAGUAUGGGAAUCUGAAGGUUUAUAUGGAAAUCCGCCAAAAUUCCCGCAAAUUGUUUUCAAAUAAAAUCUGUGUGCUCAUUAAUCGUUGCUUAUUUAUAUUUAAUAAUUGGUUUAUCGAUAAAAAGAAUUAUUAAUAACUAUAAUUGUAUUAUGUAGAAUAAUGUUAUUGUGUGGAUGAGGUGAUUAUUAUUACUAUUAUUAUUUUUUUUUUCUUUUGAAUAAAGUGAAAUGUGUUUGAUUUUUUGGAAA